GCGAGCUGUGCGGGGCCCGGCCGCUGCUGCUGCUGCGGCUGCUGCUGCUGCUGCUGCCGGCGAUGCUGCCGCCGCUCCGGGCACGAGAGCUGUCAGUGGAAGAAUGCUGUGACAAGGGUGUUGAAUGGGCAAACAAAAACAGAAUGUGUGCUUCUCUGCCACCGAUAUCCGAGUCCAGAGAAUGCAGCAUGAGCCAGGAGCAGUGCUGCCGCAGCCAGCUGGAGAAGCAGUCCUGCUCCGACGGCGUGGAAUUUGCCAACGUGCGCGAGGAGUGCGACUCACAUGCUGCUGAAAAUUCCACCUGCGAGGCCCAGCACUUCAAGACGUGCUGUUACUGUUGUUUGCUGGGAAAGGCCGCCCAAGUUCAAGGACAGAGUUGUGACCCCAACCCGAAGAUGGGACACCAGUGUGGAAUUGUCUUUAGAUCCUGCUGUGGGAAAGGUCCAGAAGGCAUUGAUCUGUCCAUCAGCGAUGAUGCUCCCAAAAACCAGCAAGUUGAGAUUUCAAAGGAGGAAUUAGACCAAGAAGAUCCUUAUCUGCACGAUGGCUGCAGAGGUGGUGGGCCCUGCUCUCAGCAGUGCAGAGACACAGGAUCCAGCUACGUGUGCUCCUGCUUCGUGGGUUAUCAGCUCCAACCAGACGGGAUCACCUGUGAAGACAUCAAUGAGUGCAUCACUGGGACACACAGCUGUGGGCUUGGCCAAACCUGUGUCAACACCUUGGGAUCCUUCCGCUGCCAGCGGGACACCAGCUGUGGGACCGGCUACGAGCUGACAGAUGACAGUCGCUGCAAAGAUAUUGACGAGUGUGAGACUGGUACUCAUAACUGCCCCCCCGAUUUUAUCUGUCAGAAUACUCCAGGAUCCUUCCGUUGCCGACCCAAGCUACAGUGCAUGAGUGGCUUUAUACAAGAUGCGCUCGGCAACUGUAUCGAUAUCAACGAGUGCCUGAGCACCAACACGCCCUGCCCGGCUGGGCAGAUCUGUAUUAACACUGACGGCUCCUUCACCUGCCAGCGAAUCUCACCCAGCUGUGGCCGAGGGUACCACCUCAACGAGGAUGGAACGAGAUGUGUAGAUGUGGAUGAGUGCUCAUCCCCCAACCAGCCCUGUGGGGAGGGACACGUGUGUAUCAAUGCCCCGGGCAAUUACCGCUGCGAGUGCAAGGCUGGCUACACCUUUGAUGUCAUCAGCAGGACCUGCAUUGAUAUCAACGAAUGUAGACGCUACCCAGGCCGCCUCUGUGCUCACAAGUGUGAGAACACUCCUGGCUCCUACUACUGCACUUGCACCAUGGGAUUCAAACUUUCAGCUGACGGGAGAUCGUGUGAAGAUUUAAAUGAGUGUGAGAGCAACCCCUGCAGCCAAGAGUGUGCCAACGUGUACGGCUCCUACCAGUGUUACUGCCGCCGGGGCUUCCAGCUCAGCGACAUCGACGGCAUCUCCUGCGAAGACAUCGAUGAGUGUGCUCUGCCCACCGGAGGGCACAUCUGUUCCUUUCGGUGCAUCAACAUUCCUGGGAGCUUCCAGUGCACUUGUCCCUCCUCUGGCUACAGGCUGGCACCCAAUGCACGCAACUGCCAAGACAUCGAUGAGUGUGUUGCAGAAAGCCACAACUGCUCUUUCAACGAGACCUGCUUUAACAUCCAGGGCAGCUUCCGCUGCCUGUCCCUGGAAUGCCCGGAGAAUUACCGCAAGUCAGGAGACACUGUGAGGCUGGAGAAGACAGACACCAUCCGCUGCAUCAAGUCCUGCCGGCCAAACGAUGUCAACUGUGUGCUGGAUCCAGUCCACACCAUCUCCCACACUGUCAUUUCACUGCCCACCUUCAGGGAGUUUACAAGACCUGAAGAGAUCAUUUUCCUUCGUGCUGUCACACCCACGUAUCCGGCCAACCAGGCAGAUAUCAUAUUUGACAUUACAGAGGGAAAUUUGAGAGAUUCCUUUGACAUCAUCAAGCGUUACAUGGAUGGUAUGACAGUGGGUGUCGUUCGCCAGGUGAGGCCCAUCGUUGGCCCCUUCCAUGCCAUCCUGAAGCUGGAGAUGAACUACGUGAUGGGGGGGGUGGUGUCCCACCGCAACAUCGUCAACGUGCACAUCUUCGUGUCCGAGUACUGGUUCUGAGGGAGCCCUGCACCCCAGGGCCCGGCCUGCAGCAGUACCACGAGCUACUAUGUCAUAUACUUGUUUGUAAAACCCCAUAGUGUCCUUCUGUUUGUUUUAUUUUUAAAUAUUUGGUUUAUAGUUUAAGACAAAUAGCAAGCUAUUGCGUUGGUUAGACGUAGGGCGGAGCGGAUUAAGGGAGCCUGAUGUAGUUUGUCUGUAUAAAUAAG